AUGGCGAGGUCGUACGCGCGCACAUCAGCGACCAGCUCGCCAUGCAUUGACGACGUUGACGCCAUCACGCCAUGUCCGCCGAGUGCAAAGCUCUCCAAUAUGGACACUUCUGUAUUCUCUGAUGGCAUCCGAGAACUGAGGCAAUCACGAUCGCCAUCACCAAGCUCCAUCAAUGCGUCAAUGUCGAACGUGCAAGGGGGCUCAUUCGAAAGACGAAGAAACUCGGUCAAGACCUUGGAAGAAGGGACUGAGGGAGACCCAGAGAGACUAUGGAAACGAAUGUUGGCUUUACAGCAGAUCUACGGUUGUUACAGGUCGGCGCGCAUGAGCGCGGCGCUGGAGCUCCGGGAUACAAGCACCUUACUUCCCUCGAAAGCUUGCCUAGACCUGAUGAAUGAGGAUAUCAGUAUGAUCCCCGACGAUGUGGAGGAAGUUCUGAAAAGGACAACAUUUGCCCGACGGCUGUAA